AGAGGAGUUAGUGAGAAAUGGUGAACAAAAUGGAUGUAGGAGUAUCGAAAAUCCGAAACAAAUCCCACUACUCUGUCGUCGCUCUCUUCCUCAUAUCUUUAGCCGUCACCGCCGCUCUUCUUCUGACCGGAGAAAACGGGAGCAUCCGUGAGCUGGAAUCCCCGAAAGCCGGUCCUCCGCCACCAUCACUGGUGGGGGAGAUAAAGUACGAGGAGGGUGGUGAUAUUAAUGAAACUGCAUCGAGCUGCGAUUUGUUUUCUGGGAAAUGGAUUUACGAUGAGACGGGGAAUGCAUCGUACAACGACGGACGAUGCUCUUUCAUGAUGGGGGACUAUGCUUGUGAGAAGUUUGGUAGAAAGGAUAUGAGAUAUCGGAAUUGGAGAUGGCAGCCUCAUCGUUGCAAUCUUCCAAGGUUCAAUGGUAUGGCAUUGUUGGAGAAAAUACGCGGGAAAAGGCUAGUCUUUGUAGGAGAUUCAUUAAAUAGGAAUCAAUGGACAUCGAUGCUUUGCUUAAUUGAGUCUUCACUCAGUCAAUCUUCACUACAACCUGUUGUUAGAAGAGAUAAUUUGUUUGUCGUUGAAGCUAUAGAAUACAAUGCAACAAUCGAGUUUUAUUGGUCUCCACUACUAGUCGAGUCUAAUUGUGAUCAUCCAUUUGCACACAAAGUAAGUGAUCGUGUUGUUAGGAUUACAUCAAUUGAAAAGCACGCCAGACAUUGGAAUGACGCAGACAUAGUUGUGUUUGAUUCGUAUAUGUGGUGGAUUAUGCCAAGCAUGACAAUCUUGUGGGGAUCAUUUGAGAGCUCCGACGCAAUUUACAAGAAAGUCCACAAUCACCUGCGGUUGUAUGAAAUGGCUCUAAAUACAUGGUCAGAUUGGUUAGAGGUCAACACUAAUCGAACUAAAACAAAUUUAUUCUUCAUGAGUCUUUCUCCCACUCAUACAUUUGGUGAAAGAUGGGAUGUACAACAACAUUGCUACAAUGAAACUGAGCCAAUUCUGAAUGAAGGAUAUUGGGGAGUUAUGGCAGAUCGUAGGAUGAUGCACAUAGUUGAAUCAACCAUAGAAAAGUUGGAGAAGAGAGGAGUGAGAGUGCAAUACCUCAAUAUAACACAUUUAUCAGAUUAUAGAAAAGAUGCUCACCCAUCUAUUUAUAAGCAAUUUUAUGGAUCUCUAACCCAAACACAAUUAGCUGACCCUAAAAGCUAUUCAGAUUGUCUGCAUUGGUGUUUACCUGGAGUACCUGAUGUUUGGAAUCAAAUUCUUUAUUCUUACAUUAUGAAUUCAUAAUCAAAUGUAAUAGAAUUAUUGGGGAAAAAAUGAUUAUAUUCAAAGCAAGUUUCUUGUCUUAGCAGUGAUCAAAUGUAUAAACAUGAGAGUUUUGGAGGAUUUGUCAAUUGUUUUCAA